GAUGUUAAAUAGGUUACAUAGCAGACUUCUAUAUUGGUUUAUAUAGCUAUGUACACAUGUAUGUUGUAUAUAGACAUAUGCUGAAUGUAAAAUGUUUAUUUAUGUGUUUUUGUUCACAGUUUUACAAAAUAUACGAUUGAUCCUUCACUAAAAAGGCCUAAACUACACUCCAGACGCUUGGGACUCGUUUUUCAUCAAGGAUUAUAUCAUGUUAGCUAUCUGCUAAGAUCACCAGCAAAAAGCAAGAGCAGAAUAGUAAAAAGGUUUAACAUUCAAUCUGCCUUCAACGGAAAGUGAGCCAGUGCAACUGCAGACCAGAAAGACAUUCAACAAUAUAUCAUGGAUGAUCAAAACCCUAAACCUGAAGAUCGAGGUGCACCUUCUGAACGCUCUAGUCGUACUAAUCACUCUGGCAGCUCUAGCCAUUCAUCACACGGUUCUGCUGUCAGAGCAAGAGCCAAAGCCGAAGCUGCAAGAGUCAAGGCUACAUUUGCUCAAAGACAAGCAGACAUGCUAAUCGAGCAGGCAUGGAUUGAAGCUGAACAAUCAAAGAAAAAAGCGUUGAUUGAAGCGGAACAGCAAUGUAGAGCAGCUGAAUUACAAGCUAACCUUGACGCGCUGAAGGUACGGAGUGCUGUUGAAGCAGCAUGCGCUGAGGCUGAAAUCUUAGAAGCUUAUGAGGAUGAAGUUGGAGAACCUUCAAGGCAAAGGGUAACAGGUUUGGCUCCCUAUUCCUCACAGCAACACACUAGUAAAUAUGUGCAACAACAUUCUGUGGAUCAUGGUCAGCAACAACUCCAGCCUCCGAAACAAGAAGCCGUUUAUUCACGAGAGCGCCAGCAAAACAUGGACAACGGUGAUCCCGUCUUAUCGCCAAAGCGCCAGCAGAACAUGGACAACGGUGAUACGGAAAUGCACGGUAUGAAUGUACGCAGUUGUGCAGAAAAAAGCAACUCUUUUCACUCGUUGCACAAAUUGCAAGGGGAACGCCAGAACAGACCCACCACCCACAGCCAACAAAGCCGUGGGAGUCCUGUGAAAUUCCCCCAAGAAAGAUGUUUCCCCCAGCAACUUCACUUCGCACCUUCCCAAGACCAGCAGCGUCGCCACCAAUGUGCAACUAACUACAUGCCCUCACGUGAUCAAUCAGUUACAUCAGACUUAGCCAAAUACCUAAUUCGCAAAGAAAUAGUUAGCGCUAGUCUCCUGAUGUUUGAUGAUAGACCUGAGAACUACUGGGCAUGGAAGGCUGCCUUUAUCACUGCCAUUGGUGACUUGAACCUCAGCCACAGAGAGGAGUUAGAUUUACUGUCCAAGUGGCUGGGACCAAAGUCUGCAGAGUUGGCCAAACGAAUCCGUUCAGUCCACAUCCAUGACGCUACAGAAGGACUCUUAAUGUUGUGGAGGAGGCUGGAGGAAUGCUAUGGGUCAGCUGAAGUCAUUGAAAAUGCUAUGUUGAAGAGGUUAGGGGAAUUUCCAAGGAUUGCAAAUAAGGAUAACCAAAAAUUACAAGAACUAGGAGAUCUAUUGCUAGAGCUGGAAGCAGCAAGAAGAAAUGGAUUCCUACCUGGACUUUCUUACCUCAACACACCCCGGGGAGUCAAUCCUAUAGCGCAGAAGCUCCCUUAUUACCUUCUGGAGAAGUGGAUCUCAUUUGGCUCGAAAUAUAAGGAAGACUUUCGGGUUCAAUAUCCUCCUUUUCACGUCUUUGUACAGUAUAUUCAAGACCAAGCAAAGAUACGAAAUGACCCCAGCUUUGCUGGGCUGGGUGGUUCAUACAGGACAGAUAAACUACAGAAAGAAAUCAAACAAUCUGUGUUCGCCAGGAAAACUGAUGUUUCCAAUGCAGAUGCAGGCAAACAAAACAAGAAAGAGAAAAGGGUUGAAGAUCCUGCUUUACACCCUGGCCCAGCAGUAAGAAAACCAGAGAGCUCUGCUGUCAUCGAAGAUCAAGGCGGGGAGCAAGAGGAGAAAGAGCCUCCAGAGGUGGAAAUGGAGCUGAAGUCGGAAUCCAACCAGCAGAACUACUGGAUGAUUCAGUACCAGAGAUUGCUGGAUGCUAAGCCCUUGUCUUUACGCAUGCAGGAAGCAGGUGUGGAAAAAGAGCUUGUAAAUCUACUGUGUAAACUGUCAGCUCAACAUUAUCUGCCCAUUAUGGCUCACCACCGUGUAACAACAGAGGCCCUUCGUCACAUGAACCCCUCUGACCUAAAGAAGCUUGGCAUUAAUGAAAUUGGCAUCCAGAAAGCUCUUCUGAAAUGGGCCCAGGAACACCUGCCUGAAGGUGCCUGUAAGAUGGUCGAGCAGAGCAAGGAAACUGAAGUUAUCCCGUCAGAGCCAUCUUUCUUCUUCCCUCCAAUUCCCGACACCUCUAGCAUCAUGACACCCAGCCCACCAGUGACUCCCGGUACCCCCAUCACCCCAUCAGCACCCAGCCCUGUGGAAGGACCAGGGGGCUCAGAGUGUGUGGUCUGCAUGGAGACCACGGCUCAGGUCAUCUUUUUGCCAUGCGGCCAUGUCUGCUGUUGUCAGGUGUGCAGCGGCGCCAUGCAGAACUGCCCUCUGUGUCGAAGCGCCUUAUCCCAGCGCAUACGCCUCUACCACAGUUAGAACCCGCUUUUAUUAGUUGUGCAUGACUGCCAUGCUGCUGUGUACACGUGCUGGAGGCAGUUUUCCUGUACUAACCAAAAAUAUUUUUAUGAUAUUUAUGUCCACACCCCCACAGACUCACAUGGACACAAGUGUUUGUCGACAUAUACAGGACUGACUUAAACGGACUCCACUGCACUUUUGCAAAACAUUUCAGCAUUUCGUUGGUUUGUAAAAUCAUGAAAAUGUGAGUAUUCAAUGUUUUGUCUAUGGAUGUUCUCAUUCAUCCCGGUUAUUGUAUUCUCAGGGGUUUAAAUCGACAGCAACUGGACUGUUUAGUUUGUCUUAAAAGUCGUUUCGGCUCUCAUCCGGCAGGCUUCAUCAGUUCAUUCUAGUAGACUUAGAUUGGUCAGAUCUAGUGUUAAGGCUGGUGUCAAAGCCCCAACUAUGUAUCCUCUAACCCAGGGGUCAGCAAACCAACAUGUUGAAAGAGCCAUAUUGGACCACAAAUACAAAAAACUAAUCUGUCUGGAGCCGCAAAAAAUGAAAAGCCUUAAAUAAGUGUUAUAAUAAAGGCAACACAUGAUGUAAGUGUCUAUAUCAAGAUACAGGUGAUGGAAUUCCUGCUGGGCAUUGCUGCCUGACGCACCUCCUCCAGUGCCUUUUGAACAGGUGUGCUGUGACAUCUCACUGAACACCUCUGUGGGCAUAAACGUGUCAUCAGUUAGUUAUAUUAGCCUGACUAUGUGUCGCAAAUCUUCGUUGACAGAAAUGUUCAAUUGUAAUAUUUAUUCUACACAUUUUUACAACAUUGGAAAACAUAAGUAAAACUUCUCAGAGGGUGAGAUAAUUCCUGGAAAUGACUGUCUUAGAAUGGCUGAAGGUAUAGAUGUUUGUGUCCAAGUUAAAGGAAACACACAUGGAUUUAUUACAAUCUUUGCAAGCUGAGUAACAUUUGCUGUGGUCUGGAACAACAUGGCACAAAAAACAACUAUCAGAAAUGCAGCCAAUAUUACAUACAGAUAAUGUGCCAUGAGACAUGCAAAUAUAAAUGACAUACACAGAGGACAUUAAAGGAAAUUAAAUGAGCUCAAACAUACCUACACACAAGGCAUCAUGGGUCUAGCCCAAAUAGCAUGUUAGCAUGGGUUAGCUUGCAGUCAUGCAGUGACCAAAUAUGUCUGAUUAGCACUCCACACAAGUCCAUAACAUCAACAAAGCUCACCUUUGUGCGUUCACGCACAGCAUAAAAGUUUGGUGGACAAGAUGAGACAAAGGAGUGGCAUGAAACACGUCUUUCUGUGGCAGCGUCGGAGAGAGUAAACAAACGGUGAGUUCUAGGACCGCGGAAAUUAAUAGGACAAAACAGCGCUCGCCAAAUACUCUCAUCGGUGAAGCAUGUUUAAUAUAAACAGUGGGAUAUCUAACAAUUCAAAAGGUUUGAGUCAUGUUUGUCCUCCUACAGAAACCAUAUUAAAACAAAAAGUAUAUUUUCCCCCUCAUCUUUUUCCAUUUUCAUACAUUUUUGAAAAAGCUCCAGGUAGCCACUCGGGCAGUGCUAAAGAGCCGCCGUGUGUUGCCAACCCCUGCUCUAACCAGAGAAGGGCGUGCUCAGACAAGGAUGGUUUUGCUCUAAAAAAACAUGUUAUUCCAUUUAGUUGUAUAAAAGGCACAAAGGAGGACACUUUGAACCAGAAAGUUCCUACUGUAUCUCCUGUUAUUUGUUAGAGGCUAAAAUUGUCUUUUAGAAAUUAAAUAGUUUAAAUAUUAUGUUGAUUGUUGCACUGCCUUCCUGUGUUUUUCUGUUGAUUAUAAUUGUGAAUAAAAUGACCAACAUUGCCCCUGUAACUACAACGUGUUGGAUCAAUACCCAAAUCUAUGGUAUGACCCACUACCAUAGUUCACUUCCCAAACAGUAAAGUGAUUUAGGUUUUUUUUCAGAUCAUAAAGUCAAUAACACUUACCACAAAUAAGUCAUAAAAUGUACAGUUAAUACAUAUGAUUGUAUUGGCUUACCUCACUUAUGAUGGAUCAGUAAGGAUGGGUACCAAUUCCCGGUACCUGGGAAACGAUACUAGUACUCAACGGUACCAAUUUUCGAUACUUAAGUGUGUGUUAAUAAGUAUUAAUCAUUUUUGAUAAUGAAAUCUAAUUUUUUAUUGCAACAACUAUAAAAUAGCUGAUUAUAGUAACUGCUGUCCAGUUGUUAUAUCUUGUUUAAUGAUGACAUUCCUAAGUUUCAAUUACAGUGCAAGUCUAAGACGUUAGAUGGCAAUAGUGUAUAAUUUAUAGUGUGUUGGCAAGUCAGUUCAGUCUUUGCUGUCUGGUCUUUUUUCGUGCCCUAAAAAGUGUUAAUAAUGUAAGUAUUGUACUUUUUACGCACCAGCUGUUUGAUUGUAACGUGCAUUUUAGUUGUAGUUUUCAUUAACAAGUUUGGAGGUGUUGAAAUCGCCAUGUAAAAGUGUUAAUGCUAAUCAAUAGCAUGUCUAUAGGAAAGCCAAUGUAUAAUAGCAUCAAGCUAGCGCAUUUUUUGAAAAGUGGAGGCUUACUUACGAUGAAGGUUUUUUUUCAUUACAUUUCUUUGUUGGCAUUAAAAAUUGCAACAUUACCUAGAGGUGGUUUGGCUGAGACUGCUCUCAGUGCUGCUGGAUUGAUUGCCAAGUGCGUAAGUGCAAAAAGGCAAAACACCUGGGCGUGAUGUCACGCGCAACCCAGGUUCCGUAACAUGGCACCAUUGGAUUUUGUGUGAAUAAGUGCCCGGUAGGACCGCCGUGAUUCGGUUGGUGCCAAACAAGUAACAGAUUCGGCACCCAUCCCUAAUGAUUGGUAUUGGAAUUGUCAACAUAAAACCCUAAAUCAGAACCCCCCUAGAUGCCACUAAGGAAAACAAGCCUUUUGAAGCGCUAUGUAAAUCUGCAAAUUACAGCAGCAUCGCUGCAAUGCCUCAGCAGUUAACAAGGCAUUAGUGAACAAUUCUUUAGAUUGGUGAAAGAAGUAAAACGGCUCUUUAAGUGAUUUACUUUUGUAUCCCGUACCAAACAACAUGCAUUUGAAGUUUUCUACAUACUGUACAAGAAAAUUGUUGGUGUAUUUUGGGGGAAGUAAUUCAUAAAAUCUGUUGUACCACUUUCCCAAAAACAGUUGGAAAUAAAAUUGACACAUUAAUUGAAAAACGUAUCAAUUCAAGAAAUAAUCGUGCAACCCUAUCGUGUAAACCAGGGGUCCCCAAACUACGGCCCGCCAGCGUCCAAAAUCAGGCCCCCGGGAAGUCCCAAGUAUAAAAAAAAAUAUAUAUAUAUAUAUAAUUAUUUUUUUUCUGUCUUUUCUUAUCCACUUUGUACCGCUUGCUACUCACGGUGUCUCCUAGCCGCUCAGGCAAAUUAUAUUGUCUAAAAAUGUAUUUUCUCAUCUAUAACGUGACAUCAUCGCGCGCUCGGAAAGUGCGCUAUAUAUAUAAGUGCGCUAUAUAUAUCUAAUAUAUAUAUAUAUAUAUAUAUAUAUAUAUAUAUAUAUAUAUAUAUAUAUAUACAUACACAGCCCGUCCCCCGGCCAAAUUGUUUUAACCCAAUGCGGCCCCCGAGUCAAAAAGUUUGGAGACCCCUGGUGUAAACCAAAUUAGUGCUUGUAAUGUCCCCAAUAUAUAAAUUAGUGCAUUUGUCACUGCACUGGACAGCAUACACCAAAUUGUGUGGGGUGUCUGGUCUGGCCAUUGUCUCAGAAUGUUGCCUGGUUGGAAGUGUACUGGAACGUUGUAUUAGUUAAAAAAUAGUUUCUCAGAUUGACCUGAUAUAUACAGAAUGACAUUGGUAUUACGUCUGUCGUUUUUUUCCUUCCUCAUGCACUUUGUUCUUGUUCCUCCACGAACUGUUUUUUCACCAUAUUUUUUCCCCACAAAUUUCACAAAGGCAAAACCAUCCUAUCCUGUGCACACCCUCUUCUUAUUAGAGCAGUGUUUUUCAACCACUGUGUGCCGCGAAAAACAGUCUGGUGUGCUGUGGGAGAUUAUGUAAUUUCACCUAAUUGGGUUAAAAACAUUUUUUGCAUACCAGUAAUUAUAAUCCGCAAAUAAUGUGCCGUUGUUGAGUGUCUGUGCUGUCUAGAGUUCUGCAGAGUAACCAUGUAAUAUUCUUCCAUAUCAGUAGGUGGCAGUAGGUAGCUAAUUGCUUUGUAGAUGUCGGGAACAUGGUUUGUCGUGAUCACAAUAUGCGGGAGGCAGCAUGCAGGUAAAAAGGUAUCUAACGCUUAAACUAGAGAUGUCCGAUAAUAUCGGACUGCCGAUAUUAUCGGCCGAUAAAUGCUUUACAAUCUAGUAUCGGAAAUUAUCGGUAGCGGUUUCAAAAUUAUCGGUAUCAGUUUCAAAAAGGAAAAUGUAUGACUUUUUAAAACGCCGCUGUGUACACGGAUUUAUGAGAGGUACAGAGCGCCAAUAAACCUUAAAGGCACUGCCUUUGCCUGCCAGCCCAGUCACAUAAUACCUACGGCUUUUCACACACAAGAGUGAAUGCACUGCAUACUUGGUCAAUAGCCAUACAGGUCACACUGAAGGUGGCCGUAUAAACAACUUUAACACUUACAAAUAUGCGCCACACUGUGAACCCACACCAAACAAGAAUGACAAACACAUUUCGGGAGAACAUCCGCACCGUAACACAACAUAAACACAACAGAACAAAUACCCAGAACCCCUUGCAGCACUAACUCUUCUGGGACGCUACAAUAUACACCCCCCGCUAUACCCCCCCUCCCCCACCUCAACCCCGCCCACCUCAACCUCCUCAUGCUCUCUCAGGGAGAGCAUGUCCCAAAUUCCAAGCUGCUGUUUUGAGGCAUGUUAAAAAAAAAUAAUGCACUUUGUGACUUCAAUAAUAAAUAUGGCAGUGCCAUGUUGGCAUAUAUUUCCAUAACUUGAGUUGAUUUAUUUUGGAAAACCUUGUUACAUUGUUUAAUGCAUCCAGCGGUGCAUCACAACAAAAUUAGGCAUAAUAAUGUGUUAAUUCCACGACUGUAUGUAUCGGUAUCGGUUGAUAUCGGAAUCGGUAAUUAAGAGUUGGACAAUAUCGGAACAUCGGAUAUCGACAAAAAAGCCAUUAUCGGACAUCUCUAGCGUAAACCAAAAAUAAACAAAAGGCAUUGAAGCUCAGGGAUGGCUAUGCAAAACGAAACUAAAACUGAACUGGCUGCAAAGUAAACAAAAACAGAAUGCUGGACGACAGCAAAGACUUACAGCGUGUGGAGCAGACGGCGUUCACAGAUUAAUAAUAAUAAUAGUAAUGGAUUAGAUUUUAUAUCGCACUUUUCUAUUAUUCGAUUGUGAAAACAAAGCAGGUGCGGUGAAUGUUCAAGAAAGACAUGAGACUACUACAGGAAAAUACCAACAAAACAGGGAAAGCCACCAAAAUAGGAGCGCAAGACAAGAACUAAAACACGACACACAGGAAAACACCAGUUUAAGUCACGGCGUGAUGUGACAGGUCGCAACAGUACACCUACCUUGAGACAAGAGCUAUAGUGAUCCAUGGUUGGUUAUGAUUUCAAUUCAUAUCCAACAAUUGUGACAACGACUUUUUAAUUGUCAAUAUCGGCUACUGAGUUUCAUUUUUCAAUGAUUUCUACUGGUUGUGUGCCUCAAGAUUUUUUCAUUGAAAAAAAUAUGCCUUUGUUCAGAAAAGGUUGAAAAACACUGUGUUGGAGUAUAAACAGUUGGAACUUUGGCACCAUCAUCUAGACUCGAUCUGACAAUCUAAAUCUAUGAGCAUUAGGAGUGUGGGGAAAAAUCGAUUCGAAUUCGAAUCGCGAUUCUCACGUUGUGCGAUUCAGAAUCGAUUCUCAUUUUUAAAAAAUCGAUUUUUUUUUUUUAGGAUUUUUUUUUUCUUUUUCUUUUUUUCUUUUUUAAUUUUUUAAUUUUUAAAUUAAUCAAUCCAACAAAACAAUACACAGCAAUACCAUAACAAUGCAAUCCAAUUCCAAAACCAAACCCGACCCAGCAACACUCAGAACUGCAAUAAACAGAGCAAUUGAGAGGAGACACAAACGCGACACAGAACAAACCAAAAGUAGUGAAACAAAAAUGAAUAUUAUCAACAACAGUAUCAAUAUUAGUUACAAUUUCAACAUAGCAGUGAUGAAAAAUCCCUCAUUGACAUUAUCAUUAGACAUUUAUAAAAAAAUUGAACAAUAGUGUCACAGUGGCUUACACUUGCAUCGCAUCUGUGUCCAAUAUUUUCACAAAGAGAAAAUAAGUCAUAUUUUUGGUUCAUUUAAUAGUUAAAACAAAUUUACAUUAUUGCAAUCAGUUGAUAAAACAUUGUCCUUUACAAUUAUAAAAGCUUUUUACAAAAAUCUACUACUCUGCUUGCAUGUCAGCAGACUGGGGUAGAUCCUGCUGAAAUCCUAUGUAUUGAAUGAAUAGAGAAUCCUUUUGAAUCGGGAAAAUAUCGUUUUUGAAUCGAGAAUCGCGUUGAAUUGGAAAAAAAAAAUCGAUUUUGAAUCGAGAAAAAAAAUCGAUUUUUGAAUCGAAUCGUGACCCCAAGAAUCGAUAUUGAAUCGAAUCGUGGGACACCCAUAGAUUCGCAGCCCUAAUGAGCAUGAAGUGAUGAAACCUGCUCAGAUGCGAGGCAAAACAUCUUUUAAGACAAACUGAACAGUCCAGUUGCAAUCGAUUAAAAGCCCUGAGAAUAUUUCAUGUAAUUUUAAAAUGACAUAACUCAAUAUUAGGGUUUAAAAUGGACUUGUUUUUACCUUUUCUUCCAUUCGUAUGAGUUUCGGUGUGAAUUUAGCUCUGAUGCUACUAUAAGGGAAUGCAGUAUUUUAAAUUGACUGAUGUACACAAUUUGGGACUUUUUUAAUACACUUUAUCAGCUUGUGAUUGUGAUUCUUUAAAUUUAUUUGGAAAAUGUGACUUAUUGACCUAUAUUAACUGUUCUUAUAUCUUACUGCUAAAAAUGUUGGAGUCAAUAAUUGCUAUUAUUCAUUAAUCAUACAUAUAUGUGAUACUUAAGCAGGCGUUUGAAAAUUAUUAACGAUGGCUUUUAAGAUGACUGCUGUUAAGAGCUUAAGUGUAUGUAGUCUCCUCCUAGACAAAAAUAUAUUAUUAUAUAUAUAUUAUCAACAAGCUUUGCUGGAUAAUAACUUUUGUCCUUUUGUUUUGUUUGAUCACUCGUUUAUCGGUGUAUUUAUAGUGUCUAACCCCCCUUUUUUGACCAUCACUAAUGCAGUUCUAUUCUCUCAAGUGCUCUUAUAUAGUCAACACCUGAUAUUUAAGUUAAAUAUAAAACACACAUCACCAUCUUGUUUCAGUGUAAAUAUUCAUGUUGCAUGGGAAAUACACUCCUACUUUGGAAAUGUAUACUGAAAAAUAUACGGGUAACACAAAUUAAAUAUAUAG